AUGGCGUCACGAAAUCGUUUGGUAGCAUCUGAAGAUGUUAACGGUGAAAAAUGGGAUCGAUGUUUAACAGAUACAGUUGUUAAAACAGCAUCGGGUUUGGCAUUAGGAAUUGUCUUUUCAGCAAUUCUUUUCAAACGUCGUCCAUGGCCUGUUUUCUUAGGAACAGGAAUAGGUAUAGGAAUGGGAUAUAGUAAUUGUCAAAAUGAUUUGCGUUCACCUCAUGUUCAUUCUUCAUCAAUACCCACAACAAGACCUGAUCGACAUGUACCAACAGUAAGAUAA